AUGAUACUUUUAUGUUCUGUUGAUUUAUUUUAUUAUUCAUUGAUUGGUUUAGCAGUGUACCAUUUUAUUGGUCCAUGGUAUAUUGGAUAUUUAAGUGAUGACUAUUUUGGCGCUAUUUUUCUUUGGGGUGUAAUCGUGAGAGGAAUACACCUUCCAUCUGAUAUACAAUCAUAUGUGGGAAUUAUUCAAUUCUUAUUUUUUUUAAUACCAUUAACAUUGUGUUUAUGCUCAUCAUGUUAUAAUCGUUAUAUACAGUUACAACCUAUUGCAAGUCUUAAUGAAUCAUAUUGUAAUCGUGCCAUUCGAAUACUAACUGUUUAUAUUUUAUUUGGUUAUGCAUUACUAUUUGUUUUAUAUUGGUCAUAUAUGAAUACAGCAUCUUAUAAAUUAGCAUGGAUAUUAUCACCAUUCAGUUUAAUAUUAGCCAUAUUUUCGUUCUAUCUUUAUGGAAAAUCAAAACAAUUAAAGAUAGGGGAUUUUAAAUUAUUACAAUCGACGACAAAUAGUUACCAUUGUUCGAUUCGUAGAAAUACUAUUGAAAUGGAUAAUGGACAAAAUAUUAUAACCAGCAGAAGGGCUGAAGUUAAAAAUCAUUGA